AUGAAAAUUACACACUUUUUGCAUAUACUCUAUGUCGUCACAGCGAUUAAGGCACACAACUAUAUAAUACGCUAUGAGGCGCAAAAGGCGCGCUGCUUGAAUCCGCCGAGAACAGCGCGGCGCGUGGAGUCGGUCAUCAGUUAUUGCCAGGAUGAGGUGAAGAACAAGCUGGUGAGCGAGGCCUAUGAGAUACUCAAGGAGCAGGUGUCGCCAACGCAGCCUGUGCACAGCUCCCAUGACGACGACAUUGAGUUCAUAGAGUCCGUUGAAUGGCCGCCCGUGCACAGCGAGGUUAUACUGGAGCAACCGCCCACAGAGGCAGCAGCAGCAGCAGCAGCAGCAGCGCAUAAUGCCAGUCAGUAUGAGUACAUCAUCUAUGACGAGCCGCAGCCACAUCGGCGCAUGGCGCGUCUGCUGCGCAGCAUACGACGCCUGGAUGUGACCAGCGCUGGCAUUUAUCAUCCCACGCUGGUGCCGCUGGAAGACAAACGCAUUGCGGGCUGCUUGCUGCACUGUGUCUAUGCCAAGAACAACGCGAUCGACAGCAAGGGCUGGCCCACACUGGACGGUCUGGUGGACUUCUACUCCGAAGGAGUUAACGAGCACGGGUUCUUUAUGGCCACGCUACGCUCGGUGAAUCUCUGUCUGCGAGCCAUGACCAGCAAGUAUAAGGUAAACCGCCAUCAUCUGCCCCAGAAAGGGGAGAGCUGCGACCUGGCCUUUGAUGUUUUUGAUUGCAUAUCGGAUCAAAUCACGGGCUACUGCUUAGAUCAAUAUAGCCAAUAUUAA